AUGACGAUCUUCAAGCACUCCCACGACCCGACCUCGACGGAGACGGCCGAGUCUUCCAACGUCUCUUCCCGUCGCGAAUCCGUCGUCUCUACAGACUCAUCCGCCACCGUGCACCCUGGAGGCACCGACCGCAGCGUCAAUGGAAAUGACGGCGUUCCCCCCGGCGAGGUCAUCCAAGCCGAGAUCGCUGCAGCCAGAGCUAUCCCCUCUUCUCUCCUCACCUCGCUCGGAGCAUGGUGGAACUCUUCCGAACAGACCGCCCGGGAUUCCGAGACCCGCCUCCUCAAACGAAUCCCCUUUUUCCGGACACCCCACGAACCCGACGUACAACCCACUCCUGAGAACCCCAACCCCAUCACCGCUCGGGUCACCCAGGUCCCGCUCAAAGAUAAUGCGAGGUCGUCAAAGGGUGGGAGGAUGAUCAACAUGUGCUCGUUCUUGACCCCCGAGACGAAAGGAGGCAAGGAGGCUGUGGUCUUGACGCAUGGUUACGGAGCGGGGUUGGCCUUUUUCUACAGAAACUUGCAGGAGAUGGCAGAGGCGAGCGCCUCGGUCGGAAGAGCUGCCUACGCGAUCGACUGGUUGGGCAUGGGAAGGAGUUCGAGACCCGACCCGAAAGAGCUCGUCUCGGGUCGAGGGACGUCGGCGAAAGAACGUGUCGAAAAGGCCGAGAGGUUCUUCACCGACUCGCUGGACGAAUGGAGGGAAAAGAUGGGGAUCGAAAAGAUGACCCUGAUCGGGCACAGUCUCGGAGGAUACAUCGUCUCUGCGUAUGCGCUCAAGUAUCCUGAACGGGUCGACAGAUUGGUCCUGUUAUCGCCUGCCGGGAUCGUCAACCAUCCGGAAAAGGGAGAAGACAUCGUCCCCGACGCCGAGAUCAUGGACAAUGAGACGAGGGAGUACAUCGACUCCUCCCUCGAUCACCAGGCUCAACAGCAAAGACAGAAUUCUCGUCGACCGGGCAUCUCGUCUGCGCCGACCGAAUACUCGAUCACCACCCGUCCAGGCGUCGGGAGGGAAGAGUCGACGCAGUCGGUCGCACCCACUGACUUUGAGGCCGACAAGGAGGCCAAGCGGGGAAACCAUGGAUGGUGGAAAAAGGCCGUCUACUACAUGUGGGAAGGAGGGGUCAGCCCGUUCGGCUUGGUACGCAAGUUGGGUCCCGUAGGGCCGAUGUUGGUCGCCAAGUAUUCGACGAGGAGGUUUGCGGCGUUGCCAGAAGAGGAUAUCGCCGACCUGCACGAUUACGUUUGGACACUGACGAGCUCGAAGGGCAGUUCCGAGUAUGCCAUCACCCACUUGCUGGCGCCCGGUGCCCAUGCGAGGUGGCCCAUCGCCGAUCGGGUACACAAGCUCAAUAUCCCCAUCGCCUUUGUCUACGGUGAUCACGAUUGGAUGGACAUCAAGGGUGGAUACGAUUCCGUCGCCUCGAUGCGUAGAGCCGGGAACAAUCACGGCAAGGUCAUCGAGAUCAGUCACGCUGGGCACCACGUCUACCUCGACAACGCUCGCAGAACCAAUGCCGUGAUUCAUAGCGAGAUCAUAACGGCCGCCCGCCGGUCGAGGGAACGCGCCGAGCGAGAACGAGCUAUGGCUAAUGCUGCCUAG